AUGCCCGUCUCGCCCAGACCCUUGAGCCUCACUCGCCCCCGCGUGGAGAAGGAUGACGCUAAACUAGAUUUGAAAAGCGAACACGCACAGCGCUUAGAGCCAGCAUCCAUCACCUCAACACUUCUACACCAACUACUUCGAACUUUAAUAACGUUGUUGUCAUUAUUGCCUGUUCGUGUGUACACGAUCUUUCCGUCACCGAUUUCACACGCAUUUUUGAGCUCCAACCCUAACGAAUUAAGACUUUCUGAUUUGGCUGCUCUGAAAAUCGGGUCUAUUCUGGUAUUGACCGGCCUAAUAACUCUACAAUACCCAUGCAGUUGCAGCUGUAUGGGCAAUACUUGUGAACAGUAUGGUAACUGUCGCAAUUCUUCGUGCUCACGGGAGUUGUGUUGUCGUUUCGAACGCUUUGUCGCGAGCUUUCCCUCAUGCCGCUGUAGUAGAAAAGUGCACUCUCCUCGAAAACCGUACUGUUGCGUCAACAGUAUUUGGAUAUUGACAAGUGUAUCCCAUCUCUGAAGGCAUGCUAC